AUGCCGGAGUCCGCCAUGUAGGCUCUGACCGCGCUGUGUUUUAAUACGCGAUGUCCUAUCAUGGAUCCGAAAUGGCUGCAGUUUCGUCUCUCCGCUUUGUGCUGUGCGUGGUCAAUGAUUUUUUAUUUCAAAGAUGCUGCUCGCGUCUGGGUCAUUGUAUUUUGUUUGAUUUAUUAACGGAUUUGAGUGUUUUUUUUUCUUAAAUAUGAAUGGUUUUAGUUAAAGUGACGGUUUAGAUGUGAAACGGAAGUCUCGAGAUCGAAUAAAGAAGAAACAACUUAGCCGACUGCAGAGAUACAAAGGAGAGAGGUAAACAAAACUGAGAACGGAUCAGCCUCACUCAAAGGAAGUUUCUGAGAUGGAAGCAGCUCACAUCAGCCCAGAGCUUCCUAUUCGAUGGGUUGUUUCUGCAGACAGGACUGUUGAGAUCAAGGAGGAAGUGACUGAGCUGGGGUGUGACCAGGCCAAUGAGCGGAUCCUGCAGGAGGAAACACCACCUUCUAGCAUCACUGAGAGAGAUGAAGGAGAACACGACUCCACUCCACCACCCCACUGCAAAAACUCUGCUAGUGACAAACUGCAUUGCAAGACACACAGAGAGACGACACCUCAAGAAGACAAUUUAAAAUUCCAAAUUCCUUCUGUAGGAGUGCUGUUUUUUCUGCAGGGUAUAGACCCUGCACGUUCUGUGUGUGUGAACGAUUCUGAAACUCAGGGCAACUUGAAGACCUUGCCUUGUUCAACUGAAGAUGGGAAGAGUUCCUGUCAAUUAGGCUCUCCUAAAACUCACAAGGGGAAUCACACAGGAGGAUAUCCCUGUGCGAUUUGUGGGAAGAGUUUCAGUAAUCUAUCAUACCUUAAAAGACACCACCAUGUUCACACAGGAGAGAAACCGCACCACUGUGGUGAUUGUGGGAAGCGCUUCAAUCUAUCAGGAAAUCUUAAAAAACACCAACUAAUUCACACAGGCGAGAAACCUCAUCACUGUACUGAGUGUGACAAGAGGUUCUCUCGGUUAGAACAUCUGAAAGAUCACCAGCAAAUUCACACGGGAGAGAAACCACACCACUGUAAUGAUUGUGGGAAGCGCUUUACUCUAUUAGGAAAUCUUAAAAAACACCAACUAAAUCACACAGAUGAGAAACCAUACCACUGUAAUACAUGUGAGAAGAGGUUCUCUCGAUCAGAAUAUCUUAAAGAUCACCAGCGAAUUCACACUGGAGAGAAACCACACCACUGUAGCGAUUGUGGGAAGAGCUUUACUCAAUUAGGAAAUCUUACAAAACACCAACGAAUACACACAGGAGAGAAACCACACCACUGUAACGAAUGUGGGAGAAGUUUCACUCGAGCAGACCACCUUAAAAUGCACCAACUCAUUCACACAGGAGAGAAACCACACCACUGCAGUGAUUGUGGGCAGUGCUUCACUACAUUAGGAAAUCUUAAACAACACAGAUUAAAUCACGCAGAUGAGAAACCACACCACUGUAAUGAAUGUGAGAGGAGUUUCACUCGAAGAGACAAUCUUAAAAAACACCAACUAAUUCACACAGCAGCGAAACCCUGAAUGCUGAAUGUUGGGGGACGGACAUUCCUUCACAAAGACACCUCAGACGUGUUUAUUGCACAGGCUGCGUUUCCACUUUGAAACAGACAAGAGGAUACCAUUCCUGUUGGGGACUGCUUUAGCUCUUCAGAAGAGACUUUUGCACAUCCCUCCAAGUCAUGAAGAAAGGUGACUAUAUGAUUUAUCGAAUUUGCAGUGCAUAGCGUGGAAUUAUAAUGCUGUUUAAAUGCUUGUAAGGAUGUGUGUUCACUGCUACCCUGAUCAUUUGCUGUUGAACGUUGUUAGUAUGUUUUAUUAAAGAUGGUUUUAAAAUAAGUACAUACUAAAUAUAGUACAGGUGUAGUAUGUGUAGGUGAUGCUUGAUGUAGGUGUUUCUGAAGUAUUGCUCAUAUCUAGUAGUUUUUCUUCAAGGUAUUUAGCUUCUGAAUAAACUUUAUUUUCUCAAGUAGUCCUAUUCUUUUUCUUUGUUUGUUAAUCAGCACUAUCAAACAUUUAGUGGAGCCCAAGACAUUGUUAAACUGAGCCAUUCUAAUAUAACAAUAUCUCACGUGUUUGAAGAAAAAAUACACAUUCACACCCGAGUAAGAACCUCUGAUCCUGCUGAAAUAAGAAACUGUAUUUUAACUUGGAAUAUGUGUGUUUGUGGUGGACCAAUUAAACCUGAGACAUAAUUAAUACAUUUCCAUCACAUUAACUUAUUAAAAUCAAGUGAACACGUGUGAAUGCAGCAUUUUAAAAUGUAGAUAUUGUUAAAACAUUAUCAUUUGCUUCAGUAAUUUGUUGUAUUGCAAACUUGUAAGAUGUAUGUAUCCCAAGUUAUUAUGCAUACUGUAUUUAAAACAUUUUAUUAAUGCUGUGAUAGGCUGAACAUUUUUGGACUUAAUACGUGUGAAAAAUGCAGGAAUGGCUGCAAAGAUACCUAUUGGAUUCUGUUUUUAUAAUUUUACAAAUAAAAAUCCAUAUGAAAUAUAAAAUCACAAGACCCUUGAAAUUAAAAAAUAUCUGAAGAUCAUAAAACUCUUGAGUUUGGGUGGUAGAAUAUUAUUAUUAUUAUUAUUAUUAUUAUUAUUAUUAUUAUUGCAUUUAUAUAGCGCUUUUUAUACAAAAGUAUCACAAAGGACAGUACAGUACAUAGCAGAAAAAAAGAACAAACCACAAUACAUCGCUUCUCCCACGCAACUCCACUGCUCCGCUCACUCCACUGGCUCCCGAUCACCGCUCGCAUCCAGUUCAAGACUCUUGUACUAGCCUACAGAUGCCUUGACCAGACUGCACCCAGCUACCUCCAGACCCUCAUCUCUCCCAACAUCCCCACUCGACCUCUCCGCUCCGCCUGCACUAGAAGACUGGCUCUACCUCCGCUACGCUCCCCUGCCUCCAGAGCCCGCUCCUUCUCCACCCUCGCCCCCACAGUGGUGGAAUGACCUUCCUACAGAUGUCAGGACUGCCCAGUCCCUGACCACAUUCCGGUGCCUCCUUAAGACUCACCUCUUCAGACAGCACCUGUAGAACUCCUCUGUUCUUCCCCUGGGACACUUAUCACCCUUCCUUAAAUGCGCUUUACUUGCUCUUAUCUGCCCCCUAUUUUACUGCAUUUAAUCCUGUACUUCAGAGUACUCUAAUCUGCCUAGUGUUUAAUCUGUAGUAUUUUGUAUUUAAUCAUAUCCUGAUGUAACUAUCACUGACACUGUUAUCUGCUGUAUUAUUGAAUUGUAUUUUGUCACACUUGUACUUGCUUGAACCAAAGUCAUUGCAUUUAUCUUGCUCAUAAUUGUAUUAUUACUUGUACUGUGAUUCUUGAAAU